UACCGGCGCACGCGUCUACGGAGCCCGCCUACUCCGCCACCCGCCUCUCUCCAGGCCUUCAGAGGGCGCUGCGCCUGGAAGAGACGGGGGGCGUGGCGCCGCUCUAGCCUACGCCUGGACUCCGUGGCAGGCGCUGCAGCUUAGCGUCCCCCACGCCUCCCCUCCGAGCAGGCUUCCACUGGACCCCUCCCCUGUCCUGAACCCUGAGCCGGCACCAUGCACGGGCGCCUGAAGGUGAAGACAUCGGAAGAACAGGCGGAGGCCAAAAAGCUAGAGCGGGAGCAGAAGCUGAAGCUCUACCAGUCAGCCACCCAGACUGUCUUCCAGAAGCGCCAGGCUGGUGAGCUGGAUGAGUCUGUGCUGGAACUGACAAGCCAGAUUCUGGGAGCCAAUCCUGACUUUGCCACCCUCUGGAACUGUCGGCGAGAGGUGCUUCAGCAGCUGGAGGCCCAAAAGUCCCCUGAGGAGUUGGCCGCUCUGGUGAAAACAGAACUGGGCUUCCUGGAGAGUUGCCUGCGGGUGAACCCCAAGUCCUAUGGUACCUGGCACCACCGCUGCUGGCUGCUGGGCCGCCUGCCAGACCCUAACUGGUCCUGGGAGCUGGAGUUAUGUGCCCGCUUCCUCGAGGUCGAUGAGCGGAACUUUCACUGCUGGGACUACCGGCGGUUUGUGGCUGCACAGGCAGCCGUGCCCCCUGCGGAGGAGCUCGCCUUCACUGACAGUCUCAUCACCCGAAACUUCUCCAACUACUCCUCCUGGCAUUACCGCUCCUGUCUCUUGCCCCAGCUGCACCCCCACCCAGACUCUGGACCCCAGGGACGCCUCCCCGAGGAUGUGCUCCUCAAAGAGCUGGAGCUGGUACAGAAUGCCUUCUUCACCGACCCCAAUGAUCAGAGUGCCUGGUUCUAUCACCGCUGGCUCCUGGGGCGAGCUGACCCCCAGGAUGCCCUGCGCUGCCUGCACGUGAGCCGGGAUGAGGCGUGUCUGACUGUCUCCUUCUCUCGGCCCCUCCUAGUGGGGUCCAGGACAGAGACCUUGCUGCUCAUGGUUGAUGAGUCACCCCUGGCUGUGGAGUGGAGGACCCCAGAUGGCAGGAACCGGCCCAGCCAUGUCUGGCUCUGUGACUUGCCCGCCUCCUCCCUCAACGACCAGUUGCCCCAGCAUACGUUUCGUGUCAUUUGGACAGCAGGCGAUGCCCACAAGGAGUGUGUGCUUUUAAAAGGCCGCCAGGAGGCCUGGUGCCGGGACUCCGCCACGGAUGAGCAGCUCUUCAGGUGUGAGCUGUCGGUGGAGAAGUCCACGGUGCUGCAGUCUGAACUUGAAUCCUGUAAGGAGCUGCAGGAGCUGGAGCCGGAGAAUAAGUGGUGCCUGCUCACCAUCAUCCUGCUGAUGCGGGCACUGGAUCCUCUGCUGUAUGAGAAAGAGACGCUCCAGUACUUCCAGACCCUCAAGGCCGUGGACCCGAUGCGGGCGGCGUACUUGGAUGACCUACGCAGCAAGUUCUUGCUGGAGAACAGCGUGCUCAAGAUGGAGUAUGCUGAGGUGCGCGUGCUGCACCUGGGUCACAAGGAUCUGACGGUACUCUGCCACCUGGAACAGCUGCUCUUGGUCACUCAUCUUGACCUGUCACACAAUCGUCUCCGAGCCCUGCCCCCUGCCCUGGCUGCCCUGCGCUGCCUGGAGGUCCUUCAGGCCAACGAUAAUGCCAUAGAGUCCCUGGAUGGUGUCACCAACCUGCCCCGACUACACGAGCUCUCACUGUGCAACAACCGCAUCCAGCAGCCCACAGCGCUCCAGCCUCUUGCCUCCUGCCCCAGGCUGGUCCUCCUCAGCCUGCAGGGCAACCCCCUGUGCCAAGCAGCAGGCAUCUCUGAGCACCUGGCUGAGCUGUUGCCUUCAGUUAACAGCAUCCUCACCUAGGAGGUUCUUCCCCCCGCCCCCCUUCUUUAACUUAUUGGGACUGAAUAAACAAUGGAGAGCCCCCCUCA